AUGGAUAUAUCAAAGAUGUCGGCGGUAGAUAAACUGGAUUUAUGUCGACGAUAUUUUUAUGUUGGUUUUGCGUUUUUGCCUUUGGUAUGGAUCGUGAAUGUUGCAUGUUUCUUUCAUUGUGCUUUUCUUGAACAAUCAUUUGCUAUACAAAAGCAAUUCAGGAAAUAUGUGCUUGGCUCAAUGAUUGGUUCGGCAAUUUGGAUAGUGAUAUUUAUUGUUUGGCAGAUCAUCUUUCAAAUUGAACGUGCUAAAGGGUACGAAUGGACCGAUCGCAUUUCUUUUGUUUUUCCUCUUGGUUAUGUUUGA